CCACGGUAAAACACGGGCAUCGCUCGCGCUACAAACUAUACGGUAGAUUUAUUGUUGAAAAAGCUAUCAUGUGCGAUUCAUAUGGACCAGAUCCGGGAACGGGCGGAGCAACGACGGAUGAUUCCGACGCGGCCGGAUUUCUGCACAAAGUUCUGCGUUUGCUGGAGAAUGAGAACGUGCUUGGCACGCGUGCACGUCCGUGCGCCAGCGUGGUCGACUUUGAGCACCCGCAAGAAUUGAAGAACAGUCUGCAGCUGGAAAUUGGAGUGCUGCCUGAACGCGAUGAUACACUGUUGCAGAUGUGUCAGGAAGUCCUCAGGAUGAGUGUGAAAACAGGUCAUCCCUAUUGCUUCAUUGGUUCAGGAGUGGACAGCCACGCACUUGGUGGUUCCUGGAUUGGCGAGGCACUUCACACUAACAUAAUCCACCCUUUUGAGCAUGCUCCUGUCUUCAUUGUAAUGGCAAAUGUGCGGGCAGAACUCUUGUCAUUGGAUCAUCGCUGCGUACACCCUCUGUGUUUGGCGACAGCGCGGGCAGGCCAUGAUGGCUCCUGGUAA